UCUCUCUUCUGCCCCCUCGCUCUUUCUUCCCCAGUCAAUCAGGAGUUUUCAGAGCCGUGGAAGAGCAGCGAGCCUCUGACUGACAGGAGGAGAGCGAAGCAGCAUCCAGCAUCAGCGGCUCUGCAGGAGGGACAGAGGCUUAAAGGGAAGAGGACACUGCAACGUUUUACAUCUCUCCAAGUCUAAGAGCCAACAGUGUAUCUGUAAAAACUGAAUUGAAAUGUUUCGAGUGCUGAACUGAGUAGAAUAAAAUACAUUGGUAUUUACAAAACAAAACAUCAUCCAUUCAUUUGAUUGUGUUCCACUCUUGAAACAUGGCAUUAGUGUUGCCUUUCCUGCUUCUGCUUCUGCCAAGUCCUGCCCUCUCCAGCCAACAUCUGCAGACAGGAGCUCAACGUGUCUCCAGAGACAUCAAACACCAGCCUAUUAAACUUGUUAUUUCGGACACAUGUGCACAAGAUGGGGCCAGAGAGAGAGAGAUAGACUUGGAUCCUGAUUCUCCUCUGGUCUUGACCCAUCAGAUCCGUCUGGUGCCAGGGUCAGGUUCAGCUUGUGGUCAGUGUGAGCUGGACUCUGCAGCCUUGCGUGAGCGUAUUGAAAGACUGGAGAAGGAGGUGUCUGAUCUGAGGGAGAAAUGUGGAGGUCCAGAAGGAUGCUGCAGCUCCCAGCAGAGCAAAGGUGUGGUCUGUACCACCAUUCGUCCCACGAUUGACGAGUGUCCAGAUGACUGCAGUGACCAGGGUCGCUGUGUAGAUGGCAAAUGUGUGUGUUUCCCAGGAUUCAGUGGGCCUGACUGUAGCGUGCCGGACUGCCCUGAUGACUGCAGCAGCCGGGGCAGAUGUGUGAAUGGCCAGUGUGUGUGUGACCUAGGCUUUACCGGCCCAGACUGCUCCUCCAGCACAUGUCCUGAUAACUGCAGUGACAAGGGCCGCUGUGUGAACGGCAGGUGUGUGUGCGAUGCCGGCUUUACCGGGUCUGCCUGCAAGACACAGAGCUGUCCGGACAGCUGUACCAACCGAGGCCGCUGUGUGAACGGAAAAUGCGUGUGUGACUCAGGAUUCACUGGUCCGGACUGCUCCAAGACGUCCUGUCCGGGAAAGUGUAAUGGCAGGGGCCGCUGUGUGAACGGACAGUGUGUGUGCGAUCCUGGCUUCUCUGGGCCGGACUGCUCUGUAGAAACAUGUCCAGAGAACUGCAAUAACCGUGGACAGUGUGUAAACGGGAAGUGUGUCUGUAAGAGUGGCUUUACGGGUCCCGACUGCUCUUCCAGAUCUUGUCCUGGAGACUGCAGUAACCACGGUAGAUGUGUUGACGGCCAGUGCGUGUGUGAUAGUGGGUUUACUGGACCAGACUGUUCGUCCAAGACUUGUCCCAAUGACUGCAGUAACAAAGGCAGAUGUGUGAAUGGGAAAUGUGUCUGUGAUGUGGGCUUCUCCGGUCAGGACUGCUCCACCAAAACCUGCCCCAACAACUGCAGUAACAAGGGCCGCUGCGUGAGGGGCCGCUGUGUGUGCCGUCGUGGUUUCUCGGGGCCCGACUGCAGUGAGUGUCAGUCUGGGUUCACAGGGGAAAACUGCGACACUGCACUGGCGGGCGUCUCGCUUCUCAGUACCAGGGACAUCACUGAGUCAUCUGUCACUCUGUCCUGGACUCCACCUGCCGUGCAGUACGACACCUACCACAUCUCCUUCACCAGCAGGGCAAGUACAGUCAUCCGCAUGCACUACCACACAUGUGGGACAACAUUACACAUAAUAAUUCAUUAUGACACAUUGCAUGAUAAGCAUAAUAAGCACUCAAUUCAUUGUCAGCUCUUCAAACGGACAAAUGAGUGAAUAAUAGCAUGAUCAACCUGGGAAAACAUGAGGUCACUUCCACGCUG